AGGUACGGCUGUGCGCAGAUGCUGACAGCGCAGCAUCCUCCGCUGUUUGGGACCUUUCCUCUCUGGGGUGAAUACGGAAGAGUCUCCAAUGGGAAGUCUGAGGACCACCGCUCCAUCGCACCUGUGGCAAGUUCAAAAUGUCCGACCGAAGGUGAUCAGAGCGCGCGCGUUUGUCUGAAAAGUCUCUCGUGACCGUGAAAGUGUGGAUUGUGUGUCCUGUGGAGUGGAGUUUGAGUCCAUUAUAUGAAGCGGAAUAAGAUCUGAGGAAUAGAAGACAUGGAUUUUGCACGGAGGGUAUUGCAUUUCCUUCUUCUGAAACAUGGAAAUUAUGCUGUAAAUCUCACAGUUUCGUACCUGUAAGUAAAUUCUAGUACAGGUGAAUCAGGAUGAAAAGAUGGCAGCCAUGCUGUUACCAACGGGUCCUGAUGGCUUGCGGCGGUUCACUCGCGAAUCCCUGGCUGCCCUGGAGCAGCGGAUUGCGGAGGAGCAGCCCAAAAAGGCCAAGGAUUGCGAGGAGGCUCAAAAAAACGCAGAGCCACCAAAACCCAGGGCCGACCUUGAGGCAGGGAAGCAACUGCCACGCAUUUUUGGUGACAUCCCUCCUGAGCUUAUCGGUGUCCCGCUGGAAGACAUCGAUCCAUUCUACUUCAAGAACCAGAGGACUUUUAUAGUACUUAACAAAGGGAAGGCCAUCUUCAGAUUCAGUGCCACAUCUGCACUUUACAUAUUUACUCCGUUUCACUUCAUCAGAACAAUUGCCAUUAAAGUUUUAGUCCAUUCAUUGUUUAGCCUGUUCAUAAUGUGCACUAUACUGACCAACUGUUUCUUCAUGGCCAUGUCGGAUCCGGCUCCAUGGACCAAGUACCUGGAGUAUACGUUCACUGGCAUUUAUACCUUUGAAUCAGCAAUAAAGAUAUUUGCGAGAGGAUUCUGUAUAGUGCCGUUCACCUUCUUAAGAGACCCAUGGAACUGGCUGGACUUCACUGUGAUUGUCAUGGCGUAUUUGACAGAAUUUGUGGACCUCGGAAACGUGUCGGCAUUAAGAACCUUCAGAGUACUACGAGCCCUAAAAACCAUCUCCGUCAUCCCAGGUCUGAAGACCAUUGUAGGCGCUCUGAUCCAGUCUGUGAGGAAGCUGGCAGACGUGAUGAUCCUGACCGUCUUCUGUCUCAGCGUGUUCGCCCUCAUCGGCCUCCAGCUCUUCAUGGGACUCCUGCGACAGAAGUGUGUCCGCAGCAUUGCACACUGUAUCAACUCCUCCUACAACCCCAACACAUCCUUCAUCUGCAACAACAGAACCUGGAGCUCCAGCGCAGACUUUCUCAGCAGCGAAGACAAUUUUUACAAAGUUGAAGGAGCAAAGGAUGCCUUAAUAUGUGGAUAUGGAAGCGACGCAGGGAAGUGUCCAGAUGGAUUUGAAUGCCUAAAAAUAGGAAGGAAUCCAAACUACGACUACACCAGUUUCGAUACGUUCGGCUGGGCUUUUCUGGCUCUUUUCAGACUGAUGACGCAAGACUACUGGGAAAAACUGUUCCACCAGACUCUUCGCUCAGCAGGAAAGACCUACAUGGUUUUCUUUGUGCUGGUGAUUUUUCUGGGCUCCUUCUACCUGGUGAACCUGAUCCUGGCUGUAGUGGCCAUGGCCUAUGAGGAGCAAAACCAGGCAACCAUCGCUGAGGCCUGGCAGAAGGAGAGGGAGUUUCAGCUGGCUAUGGAGCAUCUACGAAGAGAGCAAAGAUUGGCAGCAAAAAGACAAGCAAUGGAGACAGACUCUGUGUUGUCCCCGGAGUUGUCUCCAUUUUGUCUGAAGACAGCAGGCAGCACACGUCGAAGCAGCAGCAGAAGGAGGAGAUCGCAUCGCACGUUAUCAGAGGAAACAGCAGAGGAAGCCGCUGAGGAGAAGUUUGAUCCGCUGGACGAGCCAAUGCCUCCUCUGUCCCCCCUUCCCGUCCACCCUCUGUUGGCCACGUUGUCCUCCCACCCCCUCAGCACCAGAAGAGGAAGCCAGGUCAGUAUCUUCAGUUCCUUCAGGGCGCGCAACAACUCCGAGGCUGACUUCGGGGAUGACGAGUACAGCAUUCACGGGGACGUCUUCAGAAGUCGCGCUGGUUCGACAGUGACACCGUGGAAGAAGAGAACGGGGAGUGUGAGAAGCCACUGCUCCCAGGUCUUCACCCCGAGCCUCAACGUCAACGGCCGCCUCAACAUCUCCCUGGACCAGAACGGAGUCACCACUGUAGGGCUUCACACUCCCACCUCCAUGCCUGCGCACAGCAUGGAGAGGAUCAAGGAGGACACAAAGCCCAGCAGUCCAGAAGACGUCGCUCCCAGGAGUCUCCUCCAGCCUUCGCCGUCAGUGACUGAACCUCAUCCUUUUCCUGUGCGCAGGAAGAGAGGACUGAGCUCUGUCAGCUUCCUCAGCGAUGCUAUGGAUGAACUGGAGGAGUCGAGGCAGAAGUGUCAUCCCUGUUGGUACACAUUCGCCAAAAAAUACCUGAUCUGGGACUGCUGCCCCUGGUGGCUGAAGAUGAAGGAGUGCGUGAAGGUCAUGGUGAUGGAUCCUUUCCUGGACCUGGGUAUCACUAUAUGUAUAGUUCUGAACACCCUCUUCAUGGCGCUGGAGCACUACCCCAUGACUGAAGAGUUCAACACAAUGCUCUCAGUGGGAAAUCUGGUGUUCACGGGGAUCUUUACAGCUGAGAUGGUGCUAAAGCUGAUCGCUCUGGACCCUUACUACUAUUUCCAGCAGGGUUGGAAUAUCUUUGAUGGCAUUAUCGUCUGCCUCAGUCUGAUGGAGCUGGGCCUCUCUAAUGUAGAAGGACUGUCGGUUCUACGUUCCUUUCGACUGUUACGAGUCUUCAAGCUGGCGAAGUCCUGGCCGACUCUGAACACUCUCAUCAAGAUCAUCGGGAACUCGGUAGGCGCUCUGGGGAACCUGACUCUGGUUCUGGCCAUCAUCGUGUUCAUCUUUGCUGUGGUGGGCAUGCAGCUGUUUGGGAAGAACUACCAGGACUGUGUGUGUAAGAUCUCCAUCGACUGCCAGCUGCCUCGAUGGCACAUGAAGGACUUCUUCCACUCGUUUCUCAUCGUCUUCCGGGUGCUGUGCGGAGAGUGGAUCGAAACCAUGUGGGACUGUAUGGAAGUGGCCGGGCAGCCCCUGUGUAUCCUGGUCUUCAUGUUGGUCAUGGUCAUUGGGAACUUGGUGGUGCUGAAUCUUUUCCUGGCCUUGCUGCUCAGCUCAUUCAGCUCUGAUAACCUCUCAGCACCCGAUGAAGAUGGCGAUUUGAAUAACAUCCAGAUCGCCAUCGCCCGCAUCCACAGCGGCAUCACCUGGGUCAUCACAAGCAUCAUGGACCUCUUCAACCGCGGCAUUAAAAAGAGACAACAGAAGGCUAAGGACGCUGGUCAGGCUGUCAAACUGGUCGGAAAUCACGUGGAAAGUAACGGGGGAGUUUAUGGAUUUUACGAUGAGAAGUACACCAUCCCAGAGGGGGACAGUUACAUGACCAACCCCAACCUGACUAUUAUUGUUCCCAUUGCGCCUGGAGAGUCUGAUGUGGAGUUUUUAGAGGAGGAGGAGAUUUCAGAGUCCUCGGAGGAUGAAGAGAACAAACCGGAGAAAAUCAGCCUGUCUGAAGGCAGCACGGUGGAUCUGAGGAAACCUGGAGAAGAAGCUGACAACCUAUCAGAGCUGGACGAAGACAAUAUGGAGCCAGAGGAAUGUUUCCCUGAACUGUGUAUUCGUCACUGUCAGUGCUGUGACGUGGACACGAGCCAAGGUCUGGGUCAGUUCUGGUGGAGGCUCAGGAAGACCUGCUACCAGAUCGUUGAACACAGCUGGUUCGAGACGUUCAUCAUCUUCAUGAUCCUGCUCAGCAGCGGAGCUCUGGCAUUUGAAGACAUCUACAUCGAGAAGAGAAAAGUGGUGAAGGUGGUGUUGGAGUACGCCGAUAAGGUCUUCUCUUAUAUCUUUGUACUGGAGAUGUUCCUUAAGUGGAUCGCAUAUGGCUUCAAGAAAUAUUUCACCAACUACUGGUGCUGGCUCGACUUUCUCAUUGUGGAUAUCGCCACAGACCGCUCUAUUGUUAGGGUGUCUCUGAUAAGCCUGAUCGCAAACUCACUUGGAUAUUCCGACUUCGCUGCCAUCAAGUCCCUGAGGACCCUCCGAGCGUUGAGACCUCUGAGAGCUUUGUCCAGAUUCGAGGGCAUGAGAGUGGUCGUAAACGCUCUCAUCGGAGCUAUCCCCUCCAUCAUGAACGUGCUGCUCGUCUGUCUUAUCUUCUGGCUCAUCUUCAGCAUCAUGGGAGUCAACUUGUUUGCCGGUAAAUUUGGAAAGUGCGUCAACAGAACGGGCUUCAUUCACAGUGUGUCCGUGGUCAACAACAAGUCACAAUGUCUCAGCAUGAACGACACCCAGUUCUACUGGACAAAAGUGAAGGUCAACUUCGACAACGUUGGCCUUGGAUACCUCUCUCUUCUACAAGUGGCUACAUUUAAAGGAUGGAUGGAGAUAAUGCAUGCAGCUGUUGAUUCAAGAGGAGUGGAGGAGCAGCCCAUCAGGGAGAUCAACCUCUACAUGUACCUGUACUUUGUCGUCUUUAUCAUAUUCGGCUCCUUCUUCACUCUCAAUCUCUUCAUCGGAGUCAUUAUCGACAAUUUCAAUCAGCAGAAAAGAAAGUUAGGUGGACAAGAUAUUUUCAUGACUGAAGAACAGAAGAAGUACUAUAAUGCAAUGAAGAAAUUAGGAACGAAAAAACCACAAAAACCAAUACCAAGACCCACGAACAUUCUCCAGGCCUUCUUCUUCGACCUGGUGUCUAAACAAGCCUUCGACAUUAUGAUCAUGAUGCUCAUCAUCGUCAACAUGGUGACCAUGAUGGUAGAGACUGAUGAGCAGUCGCAGCGAAUGGAGUCCAUCCUCAACAAGAUCAACCUGGUCUUCAUCAUCAUCUUCACCACCGAAUGCCUCAUCAAGAUCUUCGCUCUCCGUUGUUACUUCUUCACAGUUGCAUGGAAUAUCUUUGAUUUUGUGGUGAUAAUUCUUUCUAUUGUGGGCAUUGUUCUCGCAGACAUCAUCGAGAAGUACUUUGUGUCUCCCACUCUGUUUCGAGUCAUCAGACUGGCGAGGAUAGGACGUGUUCUCCGACUAAUACGUGCAGCCAAAGGAAUAAGGACUUUACUGUUUGCCUUAAUGAUGUCCAUGCCGGCGCUGUUCAACAUCGGCCUCCUGUUGUUCCUCGUCAUGUUCAUCUACGCGAUCUUCGGUAUGGCAAACUUCGCCUACGUGAAAAAACAGGAUGGGAUCGACGACAUGUUUAACUUUGAGACCUUUGGGAAUAGUAUGAUCUGUCUUUUCCAGAUCAGCACCUCGGCAGGUUGGGACAACCUCCUGAGCCCCAUAAUGUCCAGUUCCCCGGACGAAUGUGACGUUAACUUUGUUAAUACUGGCACCAACACCCGGGGAAACUGUGGCAGCCCCUCAGUGGGCAUCGCUUUCUUUGUCAGUUACAUAAUCAUUUCUUUCCUCAUUGUGGUUAAUAUGUACAUAGCUAUCAUUCUGGAGAACUUCAGCGUUGCCACAGAGGAGAGUACCGAGCCACUGAGCGAAGACGACUUUGAGAUGUUUUAUGAAGUUUGGGAGAAGUUUGAUUCUGAGGCUACGCAGUUCAUUGAGUUUUCAAUGCUGUCGAGCUUUGCCGACACUCUUUCAGAGCCGCUGCGCAUCGCCAAGCCCAACAAGAUCAAACUGAUCGCCAUGGACCUCCCCAUGGUCACCGGGGACAGGAUCCACUGCCUGGACAUCUUGUUUGCCUUCACAAAGCGCGUCCUGGGCGAGUCGGGUGAAAUGGACGCGCUUAAACAGCAAAUGGAGGAGAAGUUCAUGAUGACAAACCCCUCCAAGAUUUCCCAUGAACCUAUAACUUCAACGCUGCGCCGCAAACUGGAGGAGGUGUCUGCGAUCAUCAUCCAGAGGUGUUACAGACGGCAUUUAGUGAAGCGGCAGAUGAAGCAGGCGUCGUACCUCUACCGACAAAUCAACUUUGAAACAGUGGUGGACGUGGAGAACGCUCCGGAGACAGAGGGCCUCAUCGCCUCCAUGAUCCAGCACUAUGGGCCUGUGGGAGUGGGUGACGACGCACAGACUGCGCUCAUGUCCUCACCACCAUCAUACGACAGUGUGACGAGAGCAGCCAGUGACCUGUCCGAGGCCGUCAGGUCCAUAUCCAGAGGCUCUGAACUCGGGGAAAACUACGAGGAAACUUUUCUUUGAGACUCGAAUGUGUGGCUUGUGCAGAGUUUUAGUUUUGUUUACAGCAGAGAAAAACGGCUCUAAACUACUUAUGGUCAGAGAGAUUCACCUUUUUUAUAUUUUAGCAAACGGUGAGGAAAUAUGCAAUAUUUUAUGCAACUCACAACCUGUGUUGAAAAUUGACGGUAACAGCCUCCAUCAGACAAAAUAAAAUAAAUCGAUGCACACGUAUCCAUGUCUACCAGUUUAAAAUACAUAAAAUUUAAGUGCCCAAAUAAACUUUUAUAUAUCAAUUAAUAAUUAGCUUUAUUUGAUUAUUAAUCUGGAUCUAAAUAUUUAGAGGUUAAAGACUAAAAGGACAUAUGUCAGCAUGAAAGUUUGCAGUAAAAAAUAAUAAAAUUGCUACAGAAGCAAAUCAUCGCUGUCAGGCAGAAACCUCGUAAGUCUGUUUUUGGUCUUUGUUU